AUUUUAGUCUCUUCAAAAUCAGUUGACUAUGGCACUAAUAAAUAAAUUAAAAUACAUCAUUUUGGCGUGUUUUGUCUAUGAGAUCUACACGCAGUCAUGCCCAGAGAAAAAUGGUCGAUUUGCUGAUCCGAGCCAAUGUGAUAAAUACAUCGAAUGUAAUGAUGGCGUUCCCGAGGAAAAAACCUGCCCCGAUGGCUUAUUCUUCAACGACAAAGCCCAAUGGUUCAACUACCCAUGUGGCUAUCCCGUAGACGUUGAUUGUGGUUCUCGUGCCAGAUUCCAACCUCCUCAAGCAACGGAAGAAUGCCCUCAUCAAUUUGGCUACUACAAAAUUGGCGAUCGUGCAAAUUGCGGUCAAUGGAUGAAUUGCGUCAACGGAAAAUCUUUCGUCUUUGAAUGUCCCGAAGGUCUUGCAUGGAGCAGUGAAACUUAUCGUUGCGAUUGGCCCGAUGAGGUUGAAGAUUGCGAUGCUGAAGCUUAUCUCGGAUUCAAAUGCCCUCCUUUGGUUAAUCCGGAAUUCCAACCGCAAGAAAACCGUUAUUAUCCUCAUCCAACAGAUUGUCACAAAUAUUUCUUGUGUGUCGGAACGAGUCCUCGUUUGUUCAAUUGCGGCAUCGAAGGAGCUUAUGACGAAAGCAUUUAUGCCUGUAAUGGAGUUGAAAAUGUCACCACGUGCCAUUAAAUGAGAAAUUUAUGAUUAUUUUUUGAAUUUUUUAAAGAAAUAUAUUUUUUUAAGAUAUUGCA